AUGACCGUGUUAGUAGGCUGUGUUUUCAACCAAAACUUCCUGCCUAGAAGCAUAAAUUUUGACGUCCAAGUCUCCCUCAUUCUACAAACUAUGCCUAACCCUGGAGCUUUUAAAGGCGCUCGCAAAGACUUUUUGAUGACUCAGAAAGAAGAGUAUGCGAAAGCUGUCGAGGCCAACCAUGUCGGAGAGACGCUAAUGAACAUCAACCGGCGUUUCUUCAAACGAUUUCCGUUGACAAUGCCUGCGGACUAUGAGCCGACGGAGGAAUCUCUGCGCGCAGUGGAUGAUGACGCCCCGGAACCUGAUGUGCCAGAGCCAAACCGCGAAACGAUGUCGGAAGAGGAGUUCUCCAAGGUUGUGGCAGAGGUCAAAGCCAGAAACUCUCGGCGAGAAGCAAUCUCUGGACAAAUAAAGCAAUGGUUUGUCUAUCAAUAUAAUAAAGAGCACCAUCCCAAGAAGCUCAGCGAGAGCACACUAUUGAGCUUACUGCAGAAGCUUGCUGGGAAAGACACAUCACGCCCACGCAUGAAGUCAGACGUCAACACAUGGCGCAAGUCCCAGCGUAAUGCCAUCGAUGAUCGAUACGAGGCUGAGGUUGCGCGCGCGCUUGCCAGAGGAGAACCAAUGAAAAAAUCCAACAAGGCCGCAGAUCGUGAUAGGAUUGCGAGGGAAAUGUUUGCGGAACUGUCAAAAACUGAGCAAGAAGCGUGGCACAGGAAAAGUGAAGAAGACCAUGCUGAAGCAAUAGCGGCAUAUAAAGCUUCGUGGUCGCCGUCAAAGAGCCCUGCAGAUAGACAACGAGCAAUCAACAGUCUGGUUAAAGUCAUGGAACCGAUUUUGGACAUUGCAAGCGAGACAACUGGCUGGAAGUUAAUGCUAGUUGCAGGAGGUCCAGAGCCUGCAAAAGGUGGCGAUUUAAGUGUGAUAACGAUGCAUUCCGGCGAGACCCCCGGUGACAUAAAAAUGAAUCUCGGUCAGACCGAACGUCAUAAGUUUAAAAACUAUAUGAUUCCGUUGUUUGGUACCUUUUUACACAAGUGUUACACUCCGGAAGAAUGCAGGUCUCGCGCGCUCCCAAAGGAUGAUAUGGAUGGGUUGGUACCUGCCGCUGCUUUGCUUCAGAAUGAAAAUGAAAGCACGUCAGUACACGGUAUAGCUUUCAGAGUACCGCCAACCGGAGUCUCGGCAGAAACAGAAAAUCUAAGGGCGCCAGAGGUUCUUCCAGAACAUGAGUCUGCAAGCACAAGCACAAGAAUCAAUGACAAUACACGUCAAGAUGAUGCCGAAAAUCCAUUUCCUUUCGAUCCUCUGCCAGAAUCUCCUCAGGCGUCUCCGUGCGUGUCGCGCGCCGUCUCUCCCGUUUUCAUCAGGUCUCCGGCUCGCAUUCCCACUGCAUCAAGCUCCGUAUCAGUGCUGGAUGUUCUGGAUGUUAUUCGCAAUGCCGAGCAACCGUCGAAUCAAGCGGGACCAAUAGUAAUCAUGCAGACGGUGCCUGUUACUACCUCCGCUGCUGCGCCGCCUGCCACCAUACCUCAUGCACAAUCUCCCUCUCCCUCAGUUGCCCCGACUUCCUUGCAAAGCGGUGCCCCUUUGCAGGUAGCGCCUGCAGAAAAUUCUAUUGAUACGUCUGAGCCCUCGACCACGUCACCUAACAAUCCACCAGUGGCCAAGAAAUCUGGGAAGAAGAAGGCCAAGGGUGCCAAGAAGUCAACGACGUCUGCUCCACCUGUGGAACGGCCGAAGCGCAAGGCUCAACCCCAACCGUCAACAACUCCAGCGCCUCCAAAAAAGCGAGUUAAACCAUCGUGGCACUACGAAGAUGAGCAAGAGAACCCUAUUGAUAAAUAUGGACGUCGUAUUGACGCCCAGGGCAAGGUGAUUCCAGACGUGACUGAUUCUGCGGCGAGUUUAGGAAAUGAGACGGCGGGUGUGGCAAGCGCAAGUAGUACUUAG